AUGAUCUUUUGUGCAGGCAAUGAUGGACCAACAGCAGAAGACAUCUAUAACAUUAACUCUGAUGAGAACUCAGAGAAUGGAAUGCCCAUGACUGAAGAAGAAGAUCAAGAGCUGAUAAUUAUAAGACAGACUCUCUCAAGAGCUGAGUUACUUACAUGGGUUAUUGAUAGAGAAUUUGAACAGAUAUAUCAACAUGUACAGCUGGAACAGAAGAGACAGGCACAAGAGAAUCAUGAAGGGCAGCUACUUCAGCCAUAUUAA